ACAAACCACCACCACACAAACCACCACCACACAAACCACCACCACACAAACCACCACCACACAAACCACCACCACACAAACCACCACCACAACACAAACCACCACAACACAAACCACCACAACACAAACCACCACAACACA